AUGUUGUUCUCACAGGGAUACCAACAACUCCCCACAUUUGACAAGGGCGCUGGCGAGCACGACUCUUUCCAACGCAAGGAACCUCGCAAAAGGAGAUUUUCUCUCCUGGGCAUUGCUGUCAUUGUAAUCAUAAUGUGCGCUUCCCUCCCGCGCAUAAUCAGGUCCAGGGGAUUCUGGGCUGCUUGCCAUGGACCUCAGCGAAACUCUUCGACGCUGGCAAAGCUUCCUUCUCACUACACUUUACCAUCUGGUGAUAAGAUUCCAUCAGUUGCGUUGGGUGUAUGGCAGGCCGGCAAGGGUGAAGUUGGCAGCGCCGUGACGACCGCUUUGAAGGCCGGUUACAGACACAUCGAUGGAGCCUGGAUUUAUCGCAAUGAGGAAGAAGUUGGUCAAGCUCUUAAAGCGAGCUCUGUACCUCGUGAAGAGCUCUGGCUCACGUCGAAGCUUUGGAACACUUUCCACGCACCCGAGGACAUUGAACCCGCGCUGGACCAGUCGCUUUCUAUGCUUGGCACCGACUAUCUCGACUUGUACUUGAUCCAUUGGCCUAUCGCGUUCAAGAAGGAGGGCGCUAAUGUCCUGGAUGAGGAUCUUACUGCUGAUCCAUAUCCUACGUGGCAGAAGCUCGAAGAGCUUGUCGACAAGGGCAAAAUCAGGAACAUCGGUAUCAGCAACUUCAAUAUCAGAAGGAUCCAGAAUCUGACCGCGAACAAACUGAAGUACCAGCCAGCUGUUAAUCAGGUCGAGCUUAACUUCUGGAACCCUCAACCCGAGCUGUUGAAGUGGUCGAAGGAGAACGGGCUUCUUCUCGAGGCGUACUCUCCCCUUGGUAGCAACACGCAAGUCGGGAAGUCUCUCGCUGUCCCUGAGGUAAAGGACAUUGCAUCCAAACUCGGGAUCACCCCUGCUCAGGUCAUUAUCUCCUGGAGCGUCCAGCGCGGUACCAUUGUCCUGCCCAAGAGCGUAACGGCCUCGCGGAUUGUAGAGAACCUCGAUGUGUUUGAAAUUCCGCAAGAGGACUUUGAGAAGCUGGAGGAAGCGGCAGCUUUGCACCCUCCGCAGAGAGUGGUCAACCCGAGCAAUGGUUGGAAGUUGCCCUUUGAUGUGUUCGAGUGA